GUUUAUUAAUUGAUCUGGUAUAGACACAUACCUAGUCGCAUAUAUAUUUUAUAUUAUAGUUGAUAAAAAAAAAACAAAAGUUGUUGGUGCACUUUUUAAUAUUUAUAAAAAAAAAAACAAAAAGUUUUAGGUUACUGUCGUAAAUUUUGUAAAAAAAAAAAAAAAUAUUAAAAAAAUGAAAUUUUUAUUUACUUUAGGACUUGUUUUAUAUUUUGUACAAAUUGGUAUUUGCUAUCAAUGUUUCGAAUGUAAUGGAUCAAGUAUCAGUUCAUGUGGUAUUGAAUUCGAUGAUGAGACAACAAAUAUAAAAAGUUGUGCUGGUGAUUGCUUAAAAUUUCAUUAUGAUGUUAAUAAUAAUGAAACAAUUUAUAAAAGAGAUUGUGCUGGUCCAGAUGGAUGUGAUGAAAUAAAAAAAGAAUUAAAUAUGCCGAAAUUACUUUGUCAAACAUGUUCGGGAAAUUAUUGUAAUAAUGGCCCAUAAUAAAAAAUUAAUUUAUAUACACCUAUAAUAUUUGUACAUAUAUAUAUAAAAUUUCCGGUUAAUUUAAAAUAAUAUUCUAUAAUUUUUCGCGUACCUGUAAAUUAAUUUACAUUAUACACAUUUUUAUAUAAUUAAAAAAAAAUUUAUUAACGUUUUAGUUAAAAUUAAAGAAAAAUAUUUUAUAUACAAUUAAAUUUUUGUGUUUAAAAAUAUUAGAAAUUCUUUAAGUAUAACAGAUAUUUUUGUUUUUUUUUUUUUUUUUUGGUUUUAGCAAUUGAAUUAAAAUAAUGUUUGUUUAAGAUUCGAUGUGUGGUUAUUUAGAGAUUAUAUAAUUGAAAUGUAGUACAAAAAUAAAAAAUAAAAAAAAAUGAAACAAAAAUUAUUUAAAUCACAAAAUCGAAUUUUUUCUAAUACCAAUUUUUAGUUAGAUAUAAAGUGGAUGUGUGGAGCAUACCAGCAAUAAAUUAUUUAUACCAAAAUUAAAUUAAAUUUAUAUGACAUAUUCAAAGAGAGUUAGUGUGAUGUACAUUUGUAUGCUAAGUGUUAGAAUUUUAAUCUUUUUAUGCGUAAUCAUUAAUCACUUGAUUCUGUUUACAAAUACAAUAAAAUUUUUGAUUUAAUUCAGGUCUGAUGAAAAGAAUAUACCCCCACGGACAUCAGACAUAAGAAUUUGUCCAAUGGUAACAGAAAUAAUAGAAUAACAGUAAAUCUAAUAAUAAAUCUGAUGAGAAAUAACACUAUUCUCCUUAGAUUUACUAUCAGAUUUUUAUUUUAAAAAUAAAAUAGUAAAAAUUAAUUUUUUGUAAGAAUUUGGAAUAGGGGUCAGCCGAUAUUUAUUUUGAAUAUAAUAUUCGUAACAAAUUUUUAUUUUGAAGUAAAAUCUAAGCUCUAUCAGAUCAUUUCUGUCUGAUAUAUGAACAGUCACCUGCAGACAUCGUAAAUUUAAUCUUAAAUUUUGUCCUAUAUGUAAACAGUACCUUAGACUUAAAGGAUUUUCGAGAACACAUUGCGUUUCCAAAUGUUUUUUAAAAGUGGAUUAAUUUAAUAUUUUAGGAAAGGUUACGAAAGAGUUAAUUACUAAUUGGUUUAUUUGGAUAUGUUCCAAAAUGUUUGUGGUUAAAAGAAAUUAACUAGACAAUUUUAAUAGGAGUAUAGUAAAAAAAAAUCGCCAUUUUCAGAAUACAUGCAAGAAUUUCAUGUUUUUGUAAAAAAUGGGAAAAUAUUCCAGAGAUUUGACCAAAAACUAUUAAAUAUGAAUUUUUUUUCACAUAAAUAUUUUUUACAAUGAUUUUAACAUGAAAUAUAAAAUAUACGGGCAUAAAUCUUGAAAUAAUUGAAAUUAAUUGGAACUUUUAUAUUUCACGCAUGAAUUUCAUUUAUAGCCCAAAUGAUAAUGUAUAUUGCCUUAAAAGAAAA